GUAACAAGCAGCAACAGAGUGAGAAAUCGCGGAGCUGGAAGGAGGACCGAUCCUGGAAAUAUCUGGAAAACGUUUGGAAAUAAGAAUUUUCUGUCGCUUCCAGCUCUGGAUUUAUUUAUCUGGAUAGUUUGGAAGAGAACCCUGCAAUCAUUUGGGAGUAAAGUCUACAGAGAUCAAUAUAAAGACCGGCUGCCUUCAGACUACAUUUCCCAUGGGGCCGUGCUCAGUCCUGCUCUCUGCUGCAUUAUGGAGCCUCCAGUCAGGGUUUCGGACCUACAGAACCAGUGAGACCCAGCAGAACCUGAGCUGUUGAUUCUUCUGGACCCACUCGUUCCCCUCCCCCACCCGCUGCUGCUGCAGACCCGCCGCCAGCCCGUCCCGCUGUGGGCCGAUCAGAACCAGCGUCUCUGGAAGCGAAGCUGCUGCUGUGUUGUUCUGGGCCCGGUUCUGGCUGCAGGAUGGCGGUUCUGACCGGUCUGCUUGCUGCUCUCCUGCUGGCUCUCAGAACCCAAGCUGCAGGUCAGAACCCGGACCAUGUUCUGCUGGGGACCGGCGUGAACCCGGAGGCGGCGACCGGAGACGACUCCACCGUCGCCCCCGAGGAUCUGCCCCGCUUCCUCAGCUGCUACUGCUCCGGACACUGUCCCGACGACGCCAUCAACAACACCUGCCGAACCAACGGUCAGUGCUUCGCCAUCAUCGAGGAAGACGAUAACGGGGAGAUCCAACUCGCCUCCGGCUGCAUGAAGUACGAAGGCUCCCACUUCCAGUGCAAGGACUCUCCCAACGCUCUGCCCAGGAGGACCAUCGAGUGCUGCAACACCGACUUCUGCAACGAGGACCUGAGGCCCACGCUGCCGCCGCGCGUCUCCGCCGAGACCAGCUCUCAUUGGCUGGCAUUCAUCAUCUCCAUGACGAUCUGCUGCUACCUGAUCUGCCUCUCCAUCGUCUUCUACUACAGGUACAAGUGGCAGACGGAGCGGGAACGUUACCCCAAGGACCUGGAGCAGGAAGUCUUCAUCCGGGGCGCGGAGUCGCUCAAAGACCUGAUCCACCAGUCGCAGAGCUCCGGCAGCGGCUCAGGGCUCCCCCUGCUGGUCCAGCGGACCAUCGCCAAGCAGAUCCAGAUGGUGCGUCAGAUCGGGAAGGGCCACUACGGCGAGGUGUGGCUCGGCCGCUGGAGGGGAGAGAAAGUGGCCGUGAAGGUGUUCUUCACCCGGGAGGAGGCCAGCUGGUUCAGGGAGACGGAGAUCUACCAGACGGUCCUGAUGAGGCACGAGAACAUCCUGGGCUUCAUCGCGGCGGACAUUAAGGGUUCCGGGGCCUUCACGCAGCUCUUCCUCAUCACCGACUACCAUGAGAGCGGCUCGCUGUACGACUUUCUGAAGGUGAACACGCUGGACGCCGCGGCGCUGCUGCGGCUGGCCUACUCUGCCGCCUGCGGCCUCUGCCACCUGCACACCGAGAUCUACGGCACGCAGGGCAAGCCGGCCAUCGCCCACCGGGACCUGAAGAGCAAGAACAUCCUGGUGAAGAAGAACGGCACCUGCUGCAUCGCCGACCUGGGCCUCGCCGUCAAGUUCAACAGCGACACCAGCGAGGUGGACGUCCCUCUGAGCAGCCGGGUCGGAACCAGGCGCUACAUGGCCCCGGAGGUCCUGGACGACAGCCUCAACAAGAACCACUUCCGCUACAUCAUGGCCGACAUGUACAGCUACGGCCUCAUCGUCUGGGAGAUGAGCAGGCGCUGCGUCACGGGAGGGAUGGUGGAGGACUACCAGCUGCCAUACUUCAACAUGGUGACCUCUGAACCCUCCUAUGAGGACAUGCUGGAGGUGGUUUGUGUUAAAGGCCUUCGGCCCUCCGUGUCCAACCGCUGGAACAGCGACGAGUGCCUUCGAGCCAUGCUGAAGCUGAUGUCAGAGUGCUGGGCCCACAACCCCGCCUCCCGCCUCACCAUCCUCAGAGUGAAGAAGACUCUGGCCAAGAUGGUGGAGUCCCAGGACAUGAAGAUCUGAAGCAGAUCCUCGUCUUCCUCCUCCUUCCUCUGCUGCCUCCAGUUUCACCCGACUCACUUAUCCUGGACUGGACCCGACCGGACCGGAGCGGAGCGCUUCUCCCAGGCUGCCUCCUUCAUCUGCAGGAGGAAGAGGAGGAGAAACGGGGAGAUGGGAGGAGCUUCCUCUGGGCGAACGGUGUUCCUCCUCCUCUCUUCCUCGUCUUCAUCCAGAUGAGACAGCGGCUCGGCGCUUUCUGUGAAAGCCAAACGGGACGUAAAAAUCCUGAACUGAGACGAGAUGAGCGGAGAGAAGCAGCCCAGUUCAGAUGCUCCUUGUUCCUCCUGCCAUCCAGGAGUUUAUCUCCAUCUCCCUGCAGCUUCUUCCUGAACCGACUCGGAUCCUCUGAGGAAACUGAAACCUUUUAAUGUCCAGGUCUGCCGUCCCGUUUCUGUCCACUUCCUGUGGGGUACGUGGGGGCGGGGCUUCAGAUGAAGCUCCACCCAUUAUCUGAUCCACAGGAAGUGGCAGGAGUCUGAGAACCAAUCAGAUCAAAGAAUCCUGCAGGUUUUCAUCACAAAGUCAGAAUCAAAUCUGAAAGUUUGAAAUGAGUUGAACUUCAGAGGAACUGGAACCAUCUGCUCCCCUCUGAUGGACGCAUGUUUGAUUCGUCCUCUCUGGGUCCUCCAGCCUCCAGUUUGACCACCACAGACCCUGGAGCUCUAACGAAACCAUCAGGCCCGUUUCAGCCUGGUUCUGCUCCGUUUCACAGAUCAAAUGUCUAAACACUCCAGAAGGUUCUGAUCCCAAUCUGUUUCUGCAGCUCUGCUAACGGUUUCCCUCCACUUCCAGUCUUUGUGCUAAGCUAAGCUAACAGCUCCCUGAAGCUGAAAAUGUGGGACUGUCCCUUUAAGUGGAGCAGCAGGAGGCUGUGGUCGCUGCAGCGCCGUGUAAAAAUAAAAGGCCAGAAUAGGAAGAAGCUCUGGUGUUUCCUGUUGUUCUGUUGUUGUUUGUUGCUGCAUGAGUUUAGCAGGAAAAUGAAAAAACUCUCUUCAUUCUGUCCAGGUCAGCAGUUUGGAAGUAAAGAAGCUGAUUUUAGUCCAAACGCUGCUGGUGGGCUCUUCUUUCAUUCUCAACGUGUUUCCACAAUCAUUUCUUACUGAUUUGUGUUUCUAAAGAUAAAACAUCUCAAAAAGAAAAUGGAAACGUUUCACUGUAAAAUUAGUUUUUCUUUUAGAGUCACUGUUACAUAACGCUCUGCUGUACUGAAAGCAUUUUAAUGAAAUAUUUCAACAGAAACACAAGUCAUGACUCCUAUGAAAUGUUUUUGUGUGAUGGUUGAAUUCCCUCCACAUGGUGCAGAGAGACGCCUGCAGGACUGAGUUUGAUUAGUUAGUAAAAAAUACAUUAAGCAGGAAUAUCUUUAGCUGUUUGAUUUCUGAUAAAUUAUUAUUUUUAAUUAAAUGACGUACUUUGAACCAUUUUAUGGAUAAUAAUGUACACAUUUAACUGCAGCGCAGCAGGAGGUCCUGAAGAAGCAAAACAUCCAGGAAGCAAUAAAAUGACGUCACCAACCGUCA